ACGACGAGAAGAAGAACUUUUAUUUUGAAGUCUGGAGUGCAGAGAGGACAGGAGGUGAACUCAACACAUCAUGCUCUGAUGGAAAACCUCCGAGCGCGUCUCAGGUUUGGGAGCAAAGAGGAGGAUGUGAAACUGAGGAAACGCAGAUCUCUGCUGUAUUCAAAGGAGGAGCUGAAUCCUCUUAAUGACGGUGAGCUGACAGCCAGAGUUGUGGUGUUUUCUGUGGUCUUCAGGCUCAUCAACUGUCUCCUGGUUCAGAGCAGCUUCGUCCCUGAUGAGUACUGGCAGUCUGUGGAGGUCUCCCACCGCAUGGUCUUCAAUUAUGGGUAUCUGACCUGGGAAUGGAAGGCAGGACUAAGAGGAUUCUUAUAUCCACUUCUCUUUGCAUUCCUAUACAAGAUAUUACACCUCAUAAACUACGACUCAGUCCAUCUCCUGAUUUGGCUUCCACGAAUAAUUCAAGCUCUCCUGGCUGCAUUUGCCGAUGCGAAAUUCUUCUUCCUCAUCCGAACGUUGGAAAAUCAUGAUGUUGCAAAAUGGACGUUCUUCUGUCACAUGUGUUCCUGGUUCACAUGGUUCUGCUGCACCAGGACUCUGACCAACAGCACCGAGACCUCCAUCACCUGUCUGGCUCUGUUUUACUUUCCUCUCCCCGGGUCCAAAACUCACAGCAGCAAGAAGUAUUUGGCCCUGGUGGCCUUGGCUGUGAUCAUUCGACCGACGGCUCUGAUCGUCUGGUUUCCUCUGAUCUUGUACCAUUUCUGGCACCAAGACGACAAACUGAGACUCAUCACUCAUAACUACAUUCCAAUAGGGACGCUGGCCGUUGUAAUUUCAACAGCGAUCGACUGCGUGUUCUAUGAAAAGUGGGCGCUGGUGCAGUGGAACUUCGUCAAGUUUAACAUCAUCCACAGUGUGGCUGAGUUCUACGGCUCUCACCCCUGGCACUGGUACUUCACUCAGGGCUUCGCUGUUGUGAUCGGACCACAUCUUCCUUUCUUUCUUCACGGAUGCUCCCUCGCCUUCAGAAGAUACAAAGUCCUGCUGGCAGCGGUUGUCUGGACCAUUGUGGUUUACAGUUUGCUUCCUCAUAAGGAGUUUCGGUUCAUCUAUCCUGUGUUGCCUUUCUGCAUGGUCUUCUGCGGGAUGUCUUUGGCUCAUUUGAAAGCGUGGCGUCGAGCCGCAGCUGCCGCCUUAUUAAUGGCCAACCUGGUUCCUGCUCUGUACACCGGCCUGGUCCACCAGCGAGGAACUCUGGACGUCAUGAACCACCUCCAGACUCUGUGUGACGUCAACGACUCCACCCGCCUGCAGCCGGACGUCCUCUUCCUCAUGCCCUGUCACUCAACGCCCUUCUACAGCCACGUCCACUGCCCAUUAAAGAUGAGGUUUCUUGAGUGUCCUCCAGAUCUGGGAGAGGACGGUUACUUUGAAGAAGCUGAGCGGUUCUACGAUGAUCCUCUUCUCUGGCUCAGGACCUCGUUUCCUAACAAAUCCUCUCUGCCCACCCAUCUGGUUUUGUUUGAUGUUUUAGAACAGCAAAUCUCCAUGUUUUUGAAAGGGAAUAACUUUGUGAGGACAGCAAAAAUAUUUCACAGUCACUUCCCUGAGGGAAGAGUUGGAGGAAGCAUCUUUAUUUAUGAAAGGCACUGACAAACACUGGAGCAAUGGCAACUUCAGUUCCUGAAGGAAAACAUCCUAUGAUAUGGACUUUGUACUGAAACAAAUAUUUUAUUCAUUUUUUAAACAUUUUUAUCUUCAUCCACAAUCCAUUUAAUUGCUGUGAUUUCCAGGCUUUUCUUUCCAGUCGUGUAAAAGGUCCAGUUAAAACAAGCUUCAGGUGGAAUGUUAGACAAAAAAGCAUUUAAAGUCUGAAAGCAAAUUACAACCACGUCACACCAACUUGUCUUUGUAGCAGCAAAUUAAAACAAUGUGACUGUACAGGAAAACAUCCUACAUGUGGCAUGUCUUUGUUUUUGUUGUUUUUACAUGGCACAGUAGUCGGGUUCCCAAUUAACAUUUUCUGCUUUUUUUUUUUAAACACAAUUCAUGUGGUUGAAAACAAGCAUUGAUGAUGUUGGAGCUGGAACUCCUCAUCAGGUCCAUAAUUUAGAAGCCGAAUGUUAAAGAAUGAUUAAGAUUUGUAAACAGUUAAAUGAACUCUCGUGUUACAAAUGUGCAGCUGACAUAAGACAUGCCACAUCUUCCAUUCAAACCUAACAACAGUAACGUUAACACCAAACAGCUCGAGGACGUUCAGUAGCAUUAAAAACAUAACACUGUGCAAACUUACAAAAAAAAGGAGACUUUGCAUCUAAAUACAACCCAAACAUUUGAAUUAGCCACUAUCUUGUUAAACUAGCGGGGAAAUUUUCAGUAUUUGGGGUCAAACGGCAUCGGGCCUAAUUCUAUUUUGACGUCUGCCAUGUGUCUGUCUGCGUUUCUACCUGACCUGCUCCACUUGCGUUCACUGUGAGGUCGAGACCUGGCUCUCUGAUGUUUGCGCUGGUGAUGCUUCGCCCUCAACUCCUCCUUUGAGUCAGUGUCGGGUCUUUCAAAUGGCCCGCUGUGUGAAGAAAAACAAAAAAAGAACUAAAAUUACUGCACUGUGGUUGCAUUCAGUUAGCAGUGAUUUCCCCUUCUACUCCUGAGUUGAGCCAGUUGUCAAUCCCUCACUGAAGAUAUAGUGAGAAAGCAGAUUAAGAAAAUGUUACGUCAUCCACAGCAGUCAAGCUAACCUGCCGCUUCUCUCAGUUUAAGACUAACAUUUUAUUUUAUGAGGCAGCGAUAAUAAUUUCUUGUGACCUCUUCUGGUGGGAACACUGUAAUUUCAUAAACUUUUUAGGGAAAGUCUAAAUUUAAACUGUAAAUUUAAGCCCAGAUAACACAUUAGUGAUGUUUCAGUUGACCAAAACGCUGUCUGGGUCAUGCUAGCAAUUAACUGGAAUUAAUGAAUUACAAGUGUAUUAACUUGGUCUUUUCCUCACAUUCUUGGCAUUAGUGCAGGGGUGUCAAACAUGCGGCCCGCGGGCCAAAACCGGCCCUCCAGAGGGUCCAAACCGGCCAUGGGAUAACUUAGUAAAGUGCAAAAAUUACAGAGAAGACAUUAACUGAAAUUGAAAAUUGUAAAAUUAUAAAUUUAAAAUAAUUUGACAAGUUGUUUUGAUCAUAAAGCAAAAUACUAGAUUGUUCAUUGUUCUUUUGUGUCUCGUUUUUGUAAUAUUUUGUCUUGGUUUUUUUUUUGUUUGACUUUAAUCUCGUGUUUUUGUCAUUUUGUGUUUCCUUUUUGUCUUGCUUGUGUUUUUUGUCUAUUUUUCUGUCAUUUUGUUUCUCACUUUUGCCAUUUUUUGUCUCGUUUGUGUCAUUUAUGUAAUUUUUUUGUCUCGGUUUUGUCGUUUAUCAAUUUUUUUUGGCGCUAACUUUUUUGUCUAAUUUUUUGUCUUUUGUUUUGUGUCGUUUGUCUCAUUUUUUGUCCUUCUGUUUCUCGUUUUUGUCAUUUUGUGUCACAUUUUUGUAAUAUUUUGUCUUGUUUAUGUUUUUUUGUCUGACUUGUCAUUUCGAUCAUAAAGUAAAAUACUAUACUGUUUAGUUUCAGAUACCCGUGAUUAAAUGUUUUCUUCUUUUAUAGACACUCUGAUCUGGAAGUUGUAAUGUGUAAAUGAUAAACUGAGGCAUAAUGUUGAAAUUGAAUUUAUUUUUCUUAAGAAAUUUCAGGUUGUUCAUGAUGUUUAGUUAAAAGAUAAUUCCUUAAAUGUGAGCAUUCUCAGAACAUACAUUUUUGCACUAAAACAAAGGAAAAAUUUGGAGUUGUGGUUAUUUAUAGGUUAUUAUGCUGUGACUUUACUGGUCCGGCCCACUUGAGGUGAAAUUGGGCUGAAUAUGGCCCCUAAACUAAAAUGAGUUUGACACCCCUGCAAUAGUACAAUAUUAAGUCUUUAUUCCAGGAAAAUCCUCAGAUAGCUUUUCUAAAUUAUUUAGAAGUGACAGGCUAUAACCUAAAGUGUUACUCUUAGUUAGGAACUUUGCGCAUCAUUUAGUUGUGAGACACUUUAGUAAAGGGAGACUUACCUCGGGCCAUAACUUUUUAUGUACGAUUCUCCAAAGAAGUGCCUGUAGACAUAGUCGUCAAGAUCGCCGAACACGUCGUCGUUAAGGCCGUGAUACUCGUGCAUGUCUGCCAGAUAGUCUUCAACGCCGCUUACAAAAUCUGUAAACAGCAUCUGAUCGUGGAUGAACACUCCGUUGUGGAAGAAGUUGUUGAUGAACAUCUCAAGCUCCUUCCAGUGGUAGAAGUGGUCAACCUCCUGCUGCAGGUAGCUCUGCAGCAGCUGGUAAAAUUCAUCAGCUCUAAUUGGCUCCAUGGCUUUGUUGAAGAGACUCAUAGACUCCUGGUAGGCGCAGUCAAAAACCCCGGAGCAGCCCUUCAUGUUGGCUUUGUGGCUGCCUUGUCCUCGGUCUUCGUGGACCUUACCUCCUGAUUUUCGCGUGUUGCAGUUGCUCUGGAAGGAGUCAGAUUUGUGUCUGUGAUGAUGUUUGUGGGAUCUUUGCUGCCACGACUCUUUUGUAUUCUUCUCAUCGCAUCUCUUGUUAUAAAAACCUCUGGCCUUGUUGAUGAAGGUCGAGGCUGAAUCCUUGAAGUGUCGGAAAGUGGAUUUGACAGAAUCAGAAAACUUCCUCAGGUUCUCCUUCACAGCCUCCUUGGCUUUCUUAAUCUGCUCUUUGUGGUGGUGGACAAACUCCUUGGUAGAGUUCUUCACAGCAUCGAAUGUCUCCUUCACUUUCCCUGCCAUGCCUUCUUUUGGUUUUUUCACUUUGGACUCUGUGUCUCCUUUGGCUCGUUCCUCUUUGGUUUCCACAUACAGUCUCUCCCACAGGUCGGAGCGCUGCUGCUCAAAGCUCAGCCUCUUCUGCAGCUCCAUCAGACGAGACUGCAGCUGCUCUGCCUCUGAACCGGCUUCCUUUCCAGCUCCGGGGAUGCGACUUCUCAGACGAUUCAGCUCCCUUCUCAGCUCAUCUGUGACCUUCCUCUCUCUGUCGAGCUUCUUUCUCAAUGUUUGUGCUUCAGCCAUCAUGUCUUCUCUCUGGCCAUGAAACUUUCUAAGCAGCUGCUUCUCCUCCUCCAGCUGGUCUUUCAGCCUCUGGUUUUCUGCCAGCAGCGAAUCGGCUCCAGCUCCCAUCACCUCCAGAUCUCUGAUCUUAGAGCGCAGGUUUCUCAGCUCCUCCUGUAAGGUGGACAAAGACUUUUCUUCACGUUCCAGGGAGCUUUUCAGCAGCUGGUUUUCAGCUGUCAGCCUCUGCUGCUGAGACACAAUGUUAGUCUUCUCCUCAGUCUUCUGCUUCAGCAGCACUUCCAGACCAUCCCUCUGCGCCUUGAUGGAAAAGAAGCGACACAGAAGGAAAAUUAUGGCUGUCAAACAGGAGACUCAGAUUCAGAAAACUUUAUUUGUCCCCAGGGGGCAAUUAAAAUGUUUCACUGUUAUUCAAAGGAAUCACAAAGUACAAUCAAAUUAUCCAUCCUUUCAAUAGUGAAAUAGUAUUUUUUUAGGUUAAUUUUUAAUUGUAACUAAGUGUUGAUUAGAAAUGGGCAUCCAAGUUACCUGAAUGUGAACCUUUUUUAGGCUGAGCUCCUGGUUCUCUUUCUUUAUAUUCUCAAUCAUCUCUGUGAGCAAUGAAAUAACUUUUUGCUCAUCCAGUUCAUCUAAGCCCAAGUUGCCGCUUUGGUCCUGAGAGGGAAAAGGAAAAGCAAACAAGUUAUGAUUUUUGAAAGUCCUGCUUUUGUGCUUAAUGACUGAAACGUUAUGCAACCAAAUUAAAACACUUUUUUUGUAUCGUUGACUUGAAGAAAACAUUAUUUAAGACCAAUCAAAAUCAUGACUGCAAAUUCACAUUUGUUUUAUAUUUGUUUCAUGUCUUAUGAGUAGAACAUGGAUUUCCAAAUUCCUUGACAUCCCAGAAAUACUUUGUUUCUUAUUUACAGAGAAAAACUAAAGGAAUCCUACAUUAAUUAAUCAAUUAAUUAAAAGAAUACAUUAUUGAGACUUCUGCUUUAGGAGUUUAUUUGACCUACUGGUAGAUAUUUAAGCUUUGUGAUUGAUUUUCCUGAAUUAUUAAUCAAGUUAUUUCUAAAUAUUUUGUCUACUUCAUUUACUUCAUUUAUGAGAAGAAUUAUAAUGUAAUGUGACAUUUUAAAAAAGCACAUUUAAAAUGCAGGACUUAUAUUAGAACUGUUAUACAGGGAUGUGGAGGGUUGCUCACUGUAUUUCUUUCUGCUUAAAUGAGCAUUUAACAAUAAGUAAGUAUUAUGCAUGUUGGCAGGCACAAAAGUCAGAAACAUGGUACAAAAUGAGUUAAUGAUUAACAUUAUGUUCUGCCACAAAUGAGCUUCUCAUUGAGUGUCUUGUCACUGACCUGGUUUGUAAUAAGCUGAGCUCUCACAUGUCGCUGAAGCAGAUCUCUGACUCCAUCCAGCUCAUUCACUCUGAUUUUCUCCACAGUUUUUUGUCUUUCUUGAAUCUGGACUGUACCUGUAGGUGAGAUUCAUAACACAGACCAUUUACACACAGAAACAGAAAGCCCCGUUACAGUAAGACUACAUGAAAUGAAGAAGUCUGCAGUGGUCUGUAUUGUCUGAAAAAGUUGGAAACACAGUUAGAAUGAACAAAAAGCUACAGACAUAUACCUGUUUAGCUUUUUGUUCAUAAUAACUCUGUGAUUAUAACUGCUCCCAACAGAGAUAAACUCCACCUAGAUAUUUAUUGCUCCUGGUCUGAAACGGAGGACUCAAGCAAAUAAACCCUGACUUGGGACAACAAGAACGUAAAGACGGAAAAUUCUGAUGUAAAAUACAUUUGUAAUGCUGCAUGUGGAGGCUGAGUGACUGACAACAGUCGGUGCAACACUACAGGACAGAACAAAUGAGAACACAGAGCAUGUAAAAGGCAGACAGGCCAAGCCAAACUGGAAAAUUAGAAUAUGUUUUCUGCAUUGAUGAUGACAUCUUUAACCUCUUAUAAUUCUGGGCUGAACUUCUUACCAUAGAAGUGACCAAAGCCCAUGCUGAUGGCUACAAUGAGGGCGAGCAGGAUGCAUUUGUUGAGGAUGCUGCUGCCUUGGCCUUGACCUCUGACAUUCAGAGCAGCAGUUGGUCUAACUUCAGUCCAGUCUUCCUCAUGCUGCGUCUCCUCUUGGACCUCCUCCUCUUCCUUCUCCUCCUCGUCCUCCUCCUCCUCCUCGUCACUCAGGCGUGAUUCCAGCACCGCCUCCUCCUCCUGGUCUGUCAUGACGCUAAUGGUGUUCUUCCUCAACCUUCGUCGUCGCACGACAGUAGUGGCGCUUCGUCCAGCCUCGUCCUCGCUGCUGCUUGAGUUUGUCUCCCGGGGCUGCUGCACUGGGAAAACUGCAGAGAAAUAUAAACAAGGUUAUGGUUGCAGGGAUAACAUGGUGGAAAACAGUUUAGCUGGAAACGGAGGCACACACAACUGGCUCAGAGAACAUGCUUAAGUGCGGUCAAUCAUGCAAAUGGUAAAUAAUACUAAAACGGUUUAGGGAUUCAGUAAAUGAUGAAAAAUGUAAUUAUUAGUGAUGCAUGAUAUUAAAAUUUCUGGCCGAUACGGAUAUCCAAUACUAACAUUUCUGAUAUCGCCGAUAACCGAUAUUACCAACAUCGAUACUUAAAUAUUGUUCACAUCAAAAAACUUAGACCAAAUAGUCUUCUUUAUUAUCUAACAAAAGUAAAACAUAUUUAAGUCCAGAACCACUGAAGUCAAAACAUCUGUGAAAUUGGAGCAACAUCAAAUGUAAAGGAAAUAUGUCCUGGCUAUAUUUUGACAAAGGAUGUGCAAAUUUUGUGCUAUAAUGUGUGCACAUUUCUCAAGUUACAGUGGCCUGAUACUCACUAUGGCAAAUGUCCCAAACACUGAAACAGUUGUACUCCAAGUUCUCCACUAUUGUAAACGGCUGGUCGUUGAGAGCAAUCAUCUCCAUUACUUUGUUCGUUAUGUCCUUAGCUUCUGUACUAUCCUUGGCAAAUUUACAUGUUUUGUUUAGAGUUUGCUGUAUGGACGUACCAGCCGUGGCGCUUGUUUUUUGCAGCUUCUGAGAGUAGGUGGCUGACGCUCGCUCUCUGUGCUGUGCGUACACACCUAGGUGGUUGAUUUUUAAACGGGUAAUUAAAUUGGUUGCAUUGAACGAUUUGGCAUGGCAUCCUCCUCUCAUAACGUCACUUCUGCAAGUAUUGCAUAGUGCAAUCCGUGCAUCUUCUUUGGACAAAGUACUCCCAGACUGCAGUCAUUUCUUCCUGUUCAGAUGUAGCCAAUCUUGUCACAAUACUUUCCUGUGUGCCUCGACUCACACCUGCGCAACUCAAGCAAACUUAGCGCAGUCGAGAGAGAUUUAAUGUUAGAGAAAAUCAUCAGUUUUUCACAUCGGCUGAUUUUGCUCAACGGACCAAUACCGAUAUAUUGGGAAAAAUACUAAUAUCUGCUGAUAUAUCGUGCAACCCUAGUAAUUAUACGUGUUAUUGAACACAUGUAAGUAACAGUAAAACUAUUUGGAAAAUAGACUUAUGUGUUUUCUUACCAAGAGUUAGAUGAGAGGAUCAAUCCCACUCUCAUGCUCAGCCAAGACAUAGUUCAGCAUAUUACCAACAUAACACUGCAAUGUGCUGUUUUCCACUUUGUACAGAUUAAACAAACGUAAUUAGUGAGCUUUAAGGCCCGUUAAUGGUUUCCGCAUGAUUGAUGCAGGCUUUGAAAGUGCAUGCAGUUCUAUUUAUAAUACAAUAGGUACGAGUCAGCCUUUUAUGCAGAUGUUGGCAUUGUCCCUCAUAUUGAACACAGAAAUAGACACACAGUUCCUGUGGAUGUUUCUGAAAAGCUGGCAGUGACUUUGCACUUUUUACAGGGUAAAGCAGGAUUUGUAACUGUAGCACCGAGGUCAGACAUAGCAUGGGAUCUCUGGAGAGUUUAAAACUGUACAAAUCAAUGCACCUUCAAAGUCCGCCAGCAACUACUUCAAAUACAACUCUUUCAAUGAUGAAUUAUAAAGGUGUGGAUGAUGGAGAAUCUCCUUGCACAGUCUCUCCUCACAGCCUGGACUUGUUUAAAGCAUUUCUGUUCCUGGCACAUGGGCAUCUGGAGGCAGUGGGGAUCUGCAUGGUCACAAAUUCUGGGCUGCACAUGGAUGUACGCAGACUUAGCUGGAUAAAUAAAAUAACAGCUAGCAUACCCUUCAAAGACACAGAUGUGUAAAACACGAUUUGGCCUUUAGAGGUGAUGGCUUUUGGACUAUAAGCAGAAUUUAGCAUUUUUGCUAUAAUCUGACAUGUUUACAUUUUGCAUUAUUAAACUGAUGUUCAACAAUGUCCCUAUUAAAUGAACAAAAAGCCAUCUGUUUCCUCCCACUUUGACGGCACAGUAGAUGUGGUCCUGUGAAGUUCAUUGUUUCAAUACAAUUACUCUGAGCUAUAUGUCAAAUGAAUAUUACCACACAAUGGAUGGCAUCUGAAGCUGCAAACAUCACUGUUGCUUCAGGAAGUGAUUCAUUCUGUUCUAUAGUUUUGUGGCCAAACUAUGUGACGGGCAGGUUAGUGGGACAGGAAGAGAGUAGCAUGGAAAAGUUAACUAGAGAGACUUAAUCAAACGUUUCCAGCUGAUUACCAAAUAAUAACGUAAUAGAAGUAAUAAACUAAUGUAAUGAAUGUCAUUCUGAGCCCACUGAAACACAGGAAACAGGGAAUUUAUAAAUAUCAGCAUGGAGUUAAAACAAAUGAGCUACGGUGGACUCAGAGCCUCAACUUCAUCAAUAAAGUGCUCUAAUAAAGCACUUCACUGUAGCACAUAGAUAGCAACCAUCUAAAUUUAAUGCAGCACUUCUGCGCGCCAACAGGCAUCUUGGAUUGUGAGUUUGCAUUUGAAGCCUGAAGCCUUGACUCACUUCACUAAUGUCCAGAUAUGACAGUGGUAAAUUGAUAAAAAUCUGUAAAAUUCACACCUAAAAUCUCUUCACGUACACACAGACAACAGCUAUCUGACAGCAUUUUAUCUCUGCACAAUACUUGGGCUUGUCAGAAACAAAUCAGGAUUAGUUUUAAGCAUUGCUGAACAACUUUAGCAUCACAUCAGAUUCACUCCAUUUUCAAUCAGGCCACCUGGAAAAGAGCCUCCAGUGAGGUGACUUCUCAGAUGGUAGCUUAAGUUCACCAGACUCUGUGGAAGUUUCCAGUGACUCAACAACAAACCUGCUUCGGCAAACAGGGAGAAGAGAAACGUUUGGUGCUGUUGUGUUAAAUUUCUCUACAGUGAAUCAUUUCAGCUUGGUGAAGGAAUCAUGAGGAUGGUCCAGGGUGUCAGUGUGGUUCCUACCAGUCUCUGCAGCGGUGAAGGCGUACUGGCUGCUGCAGGAGGUGCCGAGAUAAAACUCCUCAUUGCCGGUGGCCUCCUCUUCCCUCUCUGUGUGCUCCUCAUCCUUCAAGUCUCCCAGAGUCACGAUGUCGGAGUGAUCGCUGGAGGACAACACAUGCUCUUUCCCUUUUGCAGUGCCUCUGGCCUGCAGAAGACAUGUCCAAAAAGGGUGUCGUCGAGUGAAUCAGCGGACCUCUCUUCAACACACGCAGCUGAGAAUAUGUUGAGGCCUGAGCAUCCUGCAGCUCUGGUCCUUCCACUGGGGGACGCUCUACCAGCUCGGCUGCAAAUUCCACUGCAGCCUCCGUUCCCAACGUCUCAAUAUCUGAACCCUGGAAACACAACAGCCAUCAAAGCAGGGCAUGACAAGAGACCUAUGUCAUUUUCAUCUCAGAUUUUAAACUAUUGUGUUGUUCGAUUAUUAACAAUAACUACGUAUUCAGCAAAUGACGUAUUUCAGCGACUGACAAUUUGUAGCCAGUUCUAUGUAAAUAACAGAAACAGGAAGAAAACUGAUCUUUUUCAUGGGUACUGAACAAGCUGGUCAACAUGACACAAAAGUUAUUGUUUUUGGUGUAAACUUGUUGAAAUGUUUAAAAAUCCUUGUCAGAUGCAACAAAGAUUCAAAGCAUAAAUGAACUUGUUUUUUUAUUAUUACUACCGGUAUUUUUAUUGUAGACCUUAUAUACAAAAACAUUAGUUGCACAACUCCUCAACCAAAAGAUAUUUAGAGGAGGAAAGAAACCAGAAAAUGUUCACAUUUAAGAUGCUAGGAUCAUAAAAUUUACACCGUUUAUCUUUAAGAAGUUUUCAAACCGAUUAAUUGAUUAUAAAAAUAGCUGGCAAUAAGUUUAAGAGUUGGAGGCUGGCUGAUUGAUUGUAACAACCCUGUGGGUUGGGUUUUGCAUGGACAACACCUUCCCCACUAAAGUGGUCUGCUGUUACCCAAACAACAAACCCUGGGUAACCAAGGACUUGAAGGUGCUCCCCAACAAAAAGAAGAGGGCUUUCAGAGUAGGGGACCGAGCAGAACUCAAACUUGUACAAAGAGAAUUUAAAGACAGACUAAGAGAGAGAAAAGGCGCCUACAGGAGAAAACUGGAGAGAAGUUGGAGAGGAACAAGGCCAAUGAUGUCUGGGUGAUAUGAGGGAGCUCACCAGCUUCCAGAGGAAAGGCGGUGGGAGGGGGACCAGCAGAGGGGAAUACACAGAGGGUCAGUGACUUGAACCAGUUCUUCAACAGGUUCGACUCCAGCUCCCCUCCUCCACCAGACUGCACACUACACCUUGGAUCUUUCUCCCCACACCAACCCCCAUCACGGACACUUUACUACUGCAUUACAGCCAGCGCCCACCCCCACCUCCAGGCUGGACUACACAACACAGUCCGACAGGUGAGGAGAGAGUUGGAGAGGUUCCACCAGGGAAAAGUUGCUGGACCAGAUGGUAUCAGCCCUCCAGUGGUGAGGCCGUGUUCCAGCCAGCUGAGUGGAGUACUGCAGCACCUCUUCAACCUCAGCUGCAUGCUCCUGACGUUUUAUCAGUCUGAGUUGGCGAGUGCCAUCUUCUUUGCUGUGGUGUGCUGGGGUGCAGGCAUCAAGGCGAAGGAUGCCAACAGACUGAAUAAAAUGAUCAGGAAAGCCCAGUCUGUGGCUGGCUGUCAGCUGGUCACCCUGGAGGAGGUGGAGGAGCAGAGGAUGCUGACCAAACACCUCCCACCCCCUCCAUAAAACUGUGGACAAUCUGAGAAGCAGCUUCAGCAACCCUGCUGCUCCAAGGAACGGUACUGGAGGUCAUUCCUCCCCACAGCAAUAAGACUUUUCAAUGCGUCUGGCAGAUCACAAAAGAACUCUAACACUCUGCCUGCUGAUUAAACCACUGUACCUACUGGACACUUUACAUUCUAAAUGUUAUUCAUUACAUAUGUAAACUAUCUGCACCUAUUUAUGUAAUUUGCACAUCUAAGCACGUUCUGUUCAUUAGCAAAUUUUGUAUCACUCUUGUAUAUUCAUGUAUAUUUGUUAAUUUUUUUCUUUCGACAUUAUAUUUUCCAUAUUCUUAUCUCAUUUUAUUUUAUUUUAUGUUACCUUUACUUUAUACCUGACUCUAACAUUCUGUGUUGUCUUGUUGUUUACUCCCUUGUUGAAAAUCCAGCUGUUGUAACAGCAGAAUUUCCAUCUGGCGAUCAAUAAAGUCUAAGUCCAAA